AUGGAUGUGUACACGACCAUACGAUCGGCUGUCACCGGCGGCAGCGGCGGCGGCGGAGGUGGUACCGUGCUCGUACCAGCGCCCAAUCUCGGCACAGCUGAACCGCCCCUUGCAAUAAUUCACAACCUGCGUGCAUCACCUGCCGCUGCUGCCGUAGCCGCGGUGGCAGCAGGUGGAAAAAAUGCUUCAGUCGGCCUGAACCACAGGGCAGACUCCGGCGCAACGCUAAGCCGGUUGUUGCCUGAGCAAAACCUCUCGGAGUAUCGUCCGCAGGUGCCCCCGACGACGACGACGACCUUCAAUCGCAAGACGGCCUCCGGCGAUAUGCACUGGAGGUGGUCGAAGAAGCGUUCACACAGCAACACCUUCACGGAGACCUGGCGCAUCCAGAAUGCCAGUAUGAUGGAGUUGUUGGACAAGCAGGAGGCGGAAAUGGAGUGGAAGUCGAAGAAGCAGGUUGCGGAGCGAAAAGCGGCCAAGGCAAAACACAAGAGCUUUACCCCGCGAGCCUUCACUCUGGGCGGCAAGCGCAUCGAACCAAUUCACUCGGAUGAGGUCUGGUUUCUGGAACGCCUACUGCGGAUAUUAGCAAUGAUCUUCUUUGUGAUUACCCUGCCCUUCUCACUCAUGUUCUGUUUUAAGGUGAGUUAUGUUUUCCCUCCAGCUAAUUGCUUUAAAGGCAUGUAUCAUGCGUCCAUGCUCUUUUAACGUCUGAGUAAUUAGUUACUUUAUGUUUUUGAACUAAAAUCAUCGUCUGUAGGUGUUUGAAUUACCAAUCAGUACAUAUCUAAUGCGAUUCAUUCACACUCAGAUGUUUGCCACCCCCUCCCCCAUGUAAGUCUACGUCUAGUCACCUGUUUAACUCUCAUGCACUCCCUUUUCUUUCGCCGGACAAAGUAAAUUGCCCAUGCGCAUUUAUUUAAAUUGUGUCUUCCAAAAAUGAUGUGCUUGUAGGAGGGGGUUUUGGCUUCGUUUUAAGAAUGGGUUACCGGUUUUUUCACAAAGUACAGCACAACCUGGGUUCGCAAUUUUACGUAUGCCUUCCCGAUAACAUGAUCGGCAUGCACUCGAAAGGAAACAAAUACAUGUGUUUAACUUUUGCAGGCUUUUUUAGUGGAGUUAAACAUCACGGGCACAAACAAAACACACUAACACCAGGCUUCACGAAUAACACGUUAAAAUGUGAUUCUUUUGUGAUUCUUUUGUGAUCGCAAAACAGCACCGAUAUUCAGUGGAAAAUAACCAAACAUAAAUGGCCCGCAGUAUUUUUAUGCUACAUGGGAGCCAGCAUCAUAACUCCUGCCGGGUAAAAUUUUGAAAAGCGAUAAUCGUAGUCAUCGUUUCACGAUUUCGGUGUCCAUCGUAACUGCAGAUUUCUACCUGUGAAUGGAAAAACCAGUUUAACAGCAUCAUAAUGAGGAAUAUUUUGGUUUAUACCGAUACAUUUUAUUAAAAGUAUUGCGUUCGUUUAUUCAUACCCCAAAAAACCGCAUGUUAAAUAACUGCAUAAUAACACACUUUUAAAUUCUAUUUCCAAAACACUUUAGUCUUUUGCCUAGUAGAAUUCUGCAGAGAAACUUAUUGUUUGACAUCAUUCCCAAAAUGGCCACAAAUUAUUAUUAAGGAAUGAUAGACGUGCAUUUUGGGAUUUAAUUGAAAGCGGUGGACGCAUAUAGGUAUAAAAUGUAGCCAACCGUAGCAUCUUUUACUAGGCACGUUUAACAGUUGACUGUCCUUGUACAUUGCCUAUUCGUCUGACGACGAGCUAGGGAACUGGGGUCGAAAAUGCGCAAAACGAUGUCCUUACAAAGGCAUUUGUUUCUUUAAAACUGGAUUUCUUCGGUGCCCAUCUUUCCGUACACACAUAUAUAUAUAUUUAAACAUCAAAAAGUUUCUUAAGGGAAACAACAACAUCCUGCAAAUGCCCGCCACUGUUUCUUCAGAUUGACCGAAAAAUCACAUAGCCAGCCUUUCGAAUGUCUCUAGUAUGAAUUAGUUCGUUGACGCUCAAGCCGAAAAUUUUCUCCGACAUCCACUCUUGUUUUGCCGGAACCGCUGAGCGAUAGACCGGAAUACCACCCCGUGCGAUGUGUAACGGACGUGCAGCCAGUGGUCUUUCUGCGAAUAUUGUAAAUCAGACAAUAAUUACAUGUCUGCAUAUAUCGCCCGAGAAAAUACCAGCUCAUAUGCCAUUAGCUCAAUAUCCUGACGGUAUUUCAUGGUCAUUUAGGCUGAAAUUUUGCUGUGUCAGAGGCUGCUCUUGUUUUGCCGUGUUGUGUGAGAGAAUGGGUGGCUGGUGUGAACGCAACUAUCUUUGGUCAUUUUCAGGACCGAUAACUGGGUGUCAGCAUUCAUUAAUUUCUCUGUUCGCGCUCGUACUUUUCGCUGUAAGUGGUUUGCAGCCCUUGCCGAUGCGAGCUCCGUCGUUUGUGCCCAACCGGUCUAAUCAUUUUGAUCCGGACCUGUCGCCAGAGAAUGUCGUCAGCACGCCUUGCAGACGAAGUAUGAUUUGUAUGAUGAGUCAGAUCUUGACAAAAGGCAGUUUACAAAACAGCAGAUACAGGUGGUGCGCGCACUUACAACAACUUGUUGUAUCCAAUAUGUACCCCCAAGAAGAGGGUUGACUGUUUUUGUGGAAGGGGCAUCGUCUACGGAAACUCAUGCAUUAAUUGCGACACAGUCUAUUGUGGUCAAUUGUGGAAGCUCACGUAAGCUCGUGACCAGUGAUGACGGAUGAUGAUCUCGGUCAGCCAUGUUCACAUGAAACACAUCUGCAUGGAUCAGGGCUCACAUCUUCAACGUCCUUUCGAGAAAAUUUCUGGAGAUAAUGCUUUCACAAAGGAAAUUCAUCUCCAGCUAACCCAAGGAUAUUACGUUAGGUACAGGCAGAAAUUGUUGUCUUUGCUCGUUUUGUAUAAGUUAGAUGUGUUUGGGAUGUAUUCUCGGAGGGUGACGCAGUAUACGGUUUAAUUUGUCGAAGAAGUAAUUCAUGCGAGUGAACAUGUUUAAAAAAAUGGGAAAUUGGAAAUUCCGCUCUUAUUUAUCUUCACUCGCUUUGCGUACUCUCCACCAAUGUCAAUGCAUGCCUCUAGGAGUCAAACCGAGGCAUCAAAGGACUUUCCUGGACUGCGCUUAGCGAGCUCACGCAGCUUGGCUACGUAGGCGUUCGAGCCAAAUUGACUUUAAAAUUGGCGUUUAUGAUUAAUGUGCAGGCGCGCUGUAGUGGCGCGGAAACCAUGCACAAAAUUUCGUUUAGAAAAGACUCUCGGUAAAACGAGGACUUUUUAAUAAAUCAGACCUACCUUUACGCACGGCUACUAUUGCGAGGGUUCGAUUCUAGGGGAAAAUAGCAACAAAUACGUUUCCUACCGGUUUAUGUAGGCUGAUUGUCUUCCUGGCAUAUAUGUUUUUUUUUCAAACUUCUUAUCAUUCCAUUGUCAGAAACUAGAUUUCUGAACUAUCGCUGCCGAUAUCCUGAGCAGACUAUCGAGUGAAGUUGACGUGUCACCGGUUUCCAUUGUUAGACUCGCGGAGGAUCCAUCGAGUAGGUUUCGAGUAUUAGUUUGAGUUGCUACGAACGAACAUUUAGAGAUUCGGGAAAGGAGAUUAAGCGACGACAUUUUCCCGGCUAUUCAGUUCAAUGCGAAGUACUUAUACUGCACUCGAGGCAACAUAAGUAACUCGUCACGGACUGAUCAUGUUUUACAGAUGAUUUAAAUACGUCUCAUUGAUUAAUGGAGUUAUUCUCAUUUCAUCAAAUCGGAAAAGAACAGUUAUUUAACGCGGGCUGGAACGGUCCUUCCCUAUGUCAUACAUGAGCAGAACAUAGCAUAAGGUCAUAUCUACGGGCGGAACCUGGAUUUUGAUGCCUGAUGACGGCCAAGCCAUCACGGGCCACUCCAAUCGACCUAUUUUUUGUCAGUAAUGUUAUUCUGCCUAUUUUUCUUAUCGUUGCGAGACUGCUGGCAUUACGAGUGGUAAUAUAAGCAGAUAAGGGGGACUGAGACGGUCAUUUCUGACUUCAUAGCCUUAGUCUCCCAGCUAUACCUAGUUUCAAGUUCGUGCGACGCUGGAUUCUAACUGGGAUUCCAUGAGUGUAGAUUCAUUGAACAUUAUAUCCAAAGCUCUGGCAUUGAGACAAUGACCUGCCAUGACGCUGCCUGCAAGGGCUUUUGAUCAAGCCCCAGACGAAACUGCCUGUGAACGCCCGUAGGUUCUGAGGAUAAAUCGACCCGAAGACAACGAACGCCCAUGCGGACGAAAUGAAGGGCAAGUUGAAGAACAGAGGCAGACGCACUGAAGGGGAUGGACUCCACAGCCGUCACUUGGGCUUGGGAGGAAGCUCGGGUCCAUUGACCGGAACGAAUUAACCACGGGAACGUUGUUUUAUGGACGGAAACAAGAAAGCUGCGUACUGUUGCGAACCAAUGUCGAUGUUGCGUUCAGAUUAUCCUCUAGUUCAACCAUUAGACGAUUUAUGCCCUGUGGUUAACCUUUCCUCCACACGGCCUUACCUUGAUGUUCAAAUGAGGUGAGAGGAUUGACCCGGGGAAGGGAACUGGUAAUCUAUGAUGUUCCGGUUCGGCGGGCUGGUCAUUUUCAGAACUUAGAUAGGGGUGUGGAAGCUUGUCGAGUUAGGCGGGGCGGGGGAGGCGGUAGUCUUGGGACGCAGGGAACUCCGCGAAGGCGCUACACGGACGAUAUCCACGUCCAUGGCUGGCGGAGGGGGGGGGGUUAGUCGCUGCUGUCUGCGUCAGCUGGCGUCCAUCCGCUCACGUCAGUCGGCGCUUGAGCCUAGGGGGGGGGGUCGUAAGAGCCAGUCACCCUUACGCGUCUCGUCCCUCCCCUCCUGGGUUUUCUGCCUAAAACCUGUUCCUAAGGUCAUAUAAGCCUAGGGUGUGAUGAAUGAUCUAGUGUGCGUCAGACAGCCACACCUCCCUCACCUGUUAUUCCCGCGGGCCAUGAUGUCGAGUGCACGGACCGCCGUAGACGGCCGAAGCGGUCUGUUUUGCCGGCUUUGACUUCCGACCCGAUGACGGUCGCGUCGGCCGUGAAACACAACCUGAACAUAACAUUAUCACCAGUAUCACCGUUUUCCCUUUUGGUAACGCUACCUGGGAAGAAAAGCAAGUGCAGGUAAACAGACCUUUGAUAGCUGCAACCUACGCAGACCUCGUAACGGCAACAUUAGAAUAAUGUAGCUAGCCGCCCACUUCUCCGCAAAUGCAGUCAUUGCUUAAAAUCCCUUUUAAGAUUGUGCUAGAAAGCCUCUAAAUCUUCCGCCUGUGAGUCCACGAGUUUUAUUUUACGGAAUGUUUCAGUCGACUGACAUCCCAUGAUCGCUCCACUUCUGAGAACGUCAACCACAUGGCCAGAGUAGUGCUGAGCAUAGCUUAAUUUUUGAAUUUGGGCAAUUUGUGCUUGAUGGCAGUACACGGUUCAACAGGCCAUCUGUAAAAUAGAAACCACCCAAUAAAAAUAUGAGCAGCAUUUUGUGCGGAUCAUAAAUUUUCCGGUGGUCUGUAAAUCUCGAUAGCCGACCUCCCCCCUUGGAGUGCAAAAAAGCCUCUCGACAAACACCGACACAUGCGUUUGAUGUGGUUUGUCGAGUCGGUGGUUUGCAACCUGACACUAUUUUUAUGCUCAUGUAACGGAGGCAAGCGUUGUCAGCUCAACUAAAAUAGUAUCACAGUGGCUAUCCGCCAAAACCUCUAAGAUUUGAACAUUUUAAUUUCCUCAGAAGUUAAUUCGACAAUUUAGAGCGAAUAGUUUCAGGCCAACCUUUACAGGCUCGGUUCGAAAGCCAUCUUGAAGGGUUUGCUCCUAUUAAGUGAAUUAUUCUCCGAGGAGAUUUAACAACUAAAAUUUGGAAGCGGAAACAUAGGUCGGGAAGUCUAUGGGGAGUCGAACGCCUCGAUGCUGCGUCAUUCAAUGGCCAAGUAUCAACGAAACAAGCGUGUGUGCGUGCUUAUAGCUGCUAUUUCACCGGCAGUAUGGGGAACCAGACAGAAUUAUUAGACCUCUAGGAUCUAAGAUGUCAGUCUGGUAAGGAUAUGGUUUAUGGACGUGGUUACCUACUCCGGGAGGCAAUUGCGCUAAAUAGAAACUAACUGGCGAUAUUUAUUCUCUACGCAUUUGAGAAAGAAAUAAAAGAACCGCAGGGUAUCUGUUGCGUGGUGGUGAUCAAGACGCUUUAAAGUAGUCAUCGGAGUGCAAAUACGACAAUGCAAUACCUUUUAGACACUGUCUGCAAAGGCGCCUCUAACUCGUUUACUUUUAAAUGGUAAAAAAUAGUGUCCCCUUUUAAUGGGUGACAAUAUGGAUAAUCAGCAUAUGUGAUACCACAAAGUUCUUAGGCGUCCGAUUCGUCCACUCAACACAAAUGCUCUCCGGGGUAAUUAACCCGAGUAUUGACCGUACCCUUGCCGACAGUCUUUUUUCAGUAAAUCGACAUCAAGAUAUUGUCGUCGAACAGCCGAAUCCUGUGCAGGGGUAUACUUGUUCGAGAAUAAAAUUAUUUUAGAUUAAUUCCGAAAUGAGUUCGCUUUAGACUCGUCGCUCUAAAUCCAUCUAAUGCAUUUUGCAGCAUUCCCCAUGCUGCGUUAUGCAAUGCUCAUCUAUACAACUUUGUUUCUUGCCUACACAAUUUUUACCCGCAUUUAGGGACAAUUUUCUCAUUUUUUGUUUGUUUGCUCAUUAAACAGAUGGUCUUAUUAAUAUACAAUAAUCGUAAAAGGUGAAUAAUAAGUCACGAACAAUCGGGACAUCGUUAAAUUCGGCAUAUUUGUUGGCUUUGCCACGUUCAAAUUAAUUCAGAGAAAAUAAUGUUUAAAUAGUAUUCUGAGUAAAAAAUAGUUCGUAAGGGGACCGUUAAUUUCGGUGACGCGAAAAGCAUCCGGACAAAUACUUAACUAAACGAGCAAAUCGGGCAGGCACCUAAUUGUUCCUAAAAGACGUGGUAUGAGGCAUACGAGCUUGCAAUGUUUGGUUCGGUAAACACCGCCCCUGGAGACUGUCAAAUGUAAAUUUGGUGGUACCGACAAAGACAAGGGCGACCGGAGUGGCUAUUUCUGGCUUAUUACCCGUCAUCCGCCAGUCAUACCCAACCCUAAGUGUGGAUCACUUGCGAUUCUAACCCGGGAUCUUUGGUCAUGGAGUUUGCCACUCUUCUUGUCAUUGUCGGUACCACCUGAUUUACAUCCACUACUAGUCGCUGUGCGACUGCCGGCGAGGGUUUUAGUAUGAGCCCAAAGACAAAACGGAACGUGCAUGUUCGUAACCUGAUCGGUAAGCGCCCACUGUCAUAACUGUCAAAAGAAAUGUAGGCGUUCGCCGGGAAAGGUCAAUUGCAGGUCUGAAGUUUCGAGCAAACUGGUCGAGGUAAAGUUCCUUCAAGAACUCUUCAGAGCCAAAGACUAUCCGCGAGCAUUUGUUGAACGAAGUCGAAAACUACCAAUGAAGCGGAAUGAAGAGCCUAGUCAGCCAAACUCGUGACGGAGCAUUCCACACAUAAAAGGGGUCUUAGCAGCCGUGGUUAGAUCUCUCGAGCCACUCGGAAUAGGCGUUGCCUGCAAGCCCGACUCAACAAUCCGCCGGCAAGUGACGCGGCCAAAAGACCCCAUCCCUAAGCAGGAGGUGUCGGCUAUUGCCUGCAAACUUCAAUGCAGCUGUGGGAAGUGCAACUACGUUGGGGAAACCAACCGAAGGCUGAAAACGCGAAUGCACGGGCAUAAGUUGGCCGUGCGAAUAUUGGACUCAAAGUCGGAGAUAGCAACCUAUUCCGUGCAAAUGGGACACAUCUUCAACUUCGAGGCAGUUGAGAUUGUGGGCCUGGGCGUGAAGCCUGGACGUCCACCGAGUGCUCUGUCAACCGCCACAUCUAUUUGCCUCCACCCAUGUGACCUUACGAACCUCCUUAACGGGGGGCAGACACGGCGCGGGACAAUCAGGGCCGUCAACUAUCUCCGCGGCCGACGAGGGCGGGGCGAUUCGGGUCACGGUGACAUGCGGGUUGGAGGCAGCCACACAGGCCGCAUUGGUGGGUCACGCAUCAAACAAGGUGCGCCAUAUAAGGAGGGCUGUGCGCAUGACUCCCCAGUCUCUGAAGAUGGAUAGACGAAACGACCGCUCGAAAUGUUAGACCUUAAAAUAAACCUCCCCCGGUGAAUGCGUCCUUUUCUUUUGAUAUUCCGUCUGAAAAUCGCAUUUUCAUUACUAUUGAGAUGACACAGUGCUACCGACUGAUGUGACCAGGCGCGGACUAACCUGAAAUUUUAACCCGGAUCAGACACUCAGUCGCAGACCCACACUCCACCGACGUUCAUCGAAAGCAGGCAGCCAAGCGAGAUUGGCUUUCAACUUCCUGUGUCCUCUUUGCUGGUAGAAAUUUGCAUAUUGAACUCCGAGCCGGAAAUCGCGGGCGCCGGUAGCCUGGCGACAGAUGGUCGAUAAAUAUUACCGGCAGUGGAUUGCCAGGUGAGAGAAACGGCCAUUUCUGGUCUACUUGACUGACUAUUCCAAUGCGUGAUUUCUAACGGGAAAAUACGCGUUUUGGGGGAGGGUAGAGGGCCCGAUGUGGUCAUGUAGCCGCACUUCAAGUUAGCAAACUCCAGCCACCUGUAAUAUGGGACCGGUGGUAAAAAGGGUUUUUGCUGGUGGGACUGGGGGACGCACAGGCGACGAGGUCAAGUACUUUUAUGCAAAAUAAAAGCUAUUGGAAAAGCGCGGUUGUACUUUGAGUGGUUGAGAAAAUGUUGCCCUAACCCUAACUCUAACGCUAACCCCUGGCUUUAACCCCUAAUCACAAAGCCCAACCCUAACCCCCUUACCCUAACCCCAAUCUCAACAGUAUUGUCUCCAUUAGGUGGGGGUAACAUAACCAUAUCUUACGGGGAAGAGGAAGAGUUCUGAGCAGUCACUGAAUCCCGCCCACCCGAAGCGGUUAUGCAGUCAAGUCAGUGAUAUGAAAUCUGCCGUCGGGGUGGCACAUCUCAGUCCUUGCCGAGACGUUGUGAGAAUUAUACAGCCGCCUUGGAGAGGACUGAACCUAGCGCCCCCCCCCCCCCUCCCACGAAAUGAGGCGAUCAAAAUCACGCCCAACCCUCUCCCUUUUCGCCUCAUUGCGUGAUGCGGGACACAGCGGAGUCCACCAAAAGUAGUGUUUGUUCAUGGCCGUUUGACUGAUGACAGUCGAUACUCUGGGGAUGGAGGGGGGUGUUAAGUAAACAGCAGAUGGGUAUCAGACUGACGCUCAGCCCUCGCUACCAUAGCGCUUGAUUUGAAUUAGCAAAUGAAGGCCAGACUUUUGGUGCUUCGGCCUUCAAUUUUUUAUUUUAAUAUUAAUGAAAUUUCAACUAAACCGACAAAGCUGGAAGAUUAGUGAAGCGGAGAUAUUUUGUCUUUGAGCAGACAGACUACAACUAUUUAUCGGCCGAAAGAUAUUUCUUGCGCACCUGUGGGGAGCAACGAACCGAUGCAAUUAGGCCGCGCAAGAAUAAAAUGCAUUUCCUUACAGCCAAAAAGGGAUUUUUUGGAAAGACAGAGACAAAAACACUGUUGUUGCUGAUCACUUGUCACGAUCUUGCAUCAGCAUCUAGUCUUUGCUAGUUAAUAUGUUGUGAUGAAGUCCUUUGACGGAGGAACUACUUUCUACUACUUCAAAAUUUUCACUCCCUUUACAUUUGACAAAUGCGACACGCAUUAAAAACAAGCACUUCUCGGUAAGCAGAUUUUCUGACUUUUUCGGCUUACCGAUCUCCACCAAAUGGGACGGAUAAUUAUGUGAAUGCAGAUUUGAGAAGCGGAAAGUUGGAAAAAUAAUGCAGCCAACCCGGUUGAUGUUUCUUUGGUGGUGUUUGCCCUAUUUAGUUUGCGAGGUCGCUAAGACAUAAGCGUGGAGUAAACCCUUCAAAGCCAAGCUUUUCGGCUCGCUUUAAAAGUUUAUAUAUGAAGUUUGUCAGCUGUUGCGUUCUAACAGGAUAAUAUUCACAAACUGCCGACAGUCAGUGAGUAGUAUAAAAAUACUACAUUGUUCAGCAUCUUGAGAGGACAGAUACUAGCUAAAAGCGCUGACACGCGUUAUUCGCCGAUCUUAUGUCGCUGCAUUACGCAGUGGUGGGGGAUUCGGUUAGUCGAUGGACGGCCCAGCGUUCCCUAUAUACCCUUUGGUGUAUUAACUCCAAUUUCCACACUGCCCGGCUAAGUUCCGAGGAGACUAGAGCGUGGACUUUCAGGUCGUAUAUGGCUCGCGUAGACUGACUGUAGACCUUGGGCAGCCGAUCUUGCACCCGAACGCACCUUCGGUGAACCCGGCCAACUCUUACCGUCGAGCUCAGGUGAGUGAGGGGGUGAGAAGAGAGCAGAUGCUGUGUCAGUCUAUCAUCACGAGCAGGUAUUGCGUCCGCAAUGCCCUGAGUCACAUAUCAGAUGCCGUCGUUCACGAGAGUCAUCAACACAAUCAUCACUUUCAGCAGCAGCAGCAGCAUGUACAUAUUAAAACAACAUUUUCGAUUAACUAAGUUCGGAAGAUUGUUGGAUAGCAGGCCACAAAAGUUGCUAUUAGCAUCUCUGAGGGGCAGUUAAUUAGACUUUUUUUACAACUUGCCGACGCAUCAGUAAGGUACGCCAUUUUUGUCCACUUUCGCAAUUACAAUAUGUGCAUCACGUGAACGCUUCUGCCACACCGCAGUAUCUGAAUCCCACGGAAUGUAUUGGGUAGUCCGUACAUUAGAUUUACCCUUUUAGUAAGUAAAAUUAAAAAGGACUGGUUUUUCAAAAAAAGGAAAAAGCCAUGGUCAGUACGAUGACCCCUUAGGACAUAGCCGACGUGACUAAUGGAACGUGACUAUCAGAAAUGCAAAUGGCUACUUGAAACUUCACGAGGUUUACUCUUCAGCUUAACUUAUCCCGGAAAACGUCUUUUUUCAUGCAUAAUGACUUAAUACAUUUUCUAAUAAAUGUGCUUUAAGUGCAAACAAACGGGGCUUCGAAUUCAGGAUAUUUGCUGUAGGCCGCCUUUACACAUUUGCGCUUUCUUCUGUCGUAGGGAAUAAUGAAUAAAGAUAAAAGGAUUUGCUAAAAUAAUCCAACUUUUUUAGCUCUCAUAAAUCAGGCGAGACUGCAUGUGGAAUGGGCAGAAGGCAAAGUGGAGUCUUGUAAAUCGGUGUUAUUUAAUAUCGUAAAAGGCAGACGGUAUCGUCCUCAGACAGUCGUUUCUUUUAACACAUGCGUAAAUUUCUGGAGUCUGAAGAUAUUUCCUAAGUGAUCACAAAAGGCCCACUAUCAAAAGGCCGUUUAAAAUUUCGGUUCGGUUAUUUAAUGAAGUCCAGGUUCUGCUAAUGGGUAAGUUAGGAAUGGGCGAUGCAUCAUUUUAGCCGGUUGAGAACUCUCGCAGUAAUUAAACUGCGAUCCAGACUGCAUUUAUCUUCGUCAAACGGAGUCUUAAAAUAAGCCGCGACAGUGAAAAUAGUUCCCGUAAAAAGGCAGAGGUAGUUGUUCGUCUGCGACAGAAGGAUAUUAGAAUCUAUCAGGAAAGUGCAUUGGCGACCAAGAUGUUCAAUUUUAUUCCUUGUCUUUACACUAGAUAGACGGAAAGACAUUGACACUCCUCGACGAAGUGCCCAAACGAAGUCCGCUCAACAACACGUUAUCGAUAGUUCUUUUCAUCAAACCAAAAGGGCGUUUAUCAUACUCCUUUCCGUCUAUGGUGAUUUUGUUACGUGAUUGAGAGAUUCCGCAAAGAUUACCCAAACAGUCAUUCUCAUGCAACAUCUUCUAACGGGUAACAGCUCGCAAGAACUGUUAUAUUUUGGGGGAUUUGGUAAUCACGCAAGGUCGAAUUUGUGCUUUUUAAGGGUUUAACGUCGAAAGAAAAACUCGCUUAACACAAAAGUUUUGCUUGUGACUACAAUUAUUUAAUCACACUACAUGAAGGUGGUUAUUUUAAUGACGUCACCGCGCGUUAAAUCAGACUAAAACCUUUUCGGCGUAAUCAAGCGCAUCUAAGGGAAUGACGAAAGGAAUUUCGUUUAUUGAAUUUUCGUAAUUUCAUUGCGAAACAAAGUCAACCAACAAGUUGUUGACUAACUGCCGUACGGUAUAAAGCAUUAAUUUUUUAAAAGCGGUUACACAGAAUAUUAUACUGGCGAGUCUUGUAUGUUUGAUAUGAUGCCCUUAGGAAAUUGUUUGCUGCUAACCUAAGCAAUAUUGCUGGCAGAAAUUUUGCGUUUGCAUUUAUCAGGAGAUUCUCUAGUGUAAAUUGGGGAUUUGAUGGACGCAUUCGAGUCGCUUUCAAGUUAUUGGGAAUGUUUUGUGCAUUGUGUAACGUCACCUUGCGUACUUUCGAUGUCUGUUAAAUAUCGGUUUUUGAGAAAUGGGUGGGUCACUGUAUGAGAAUAGGAAUUUGCGUUCCUUGGAAGAAAAAUUUUGAAACUUGCUGCAGACGGCCUCUAAGUGACCUAGCGUGAUGAAUCAAAAUUUUUGUACUUUCAAAACGCUUAAUCUUUGACUGCUUGUUUGCUUAAAAUACUUACUCAUCCACAUCAUAAAUAUACAAUCCUGCGCAUAUAUGCUAUGCAAAGAAUUGUCUUUUCAAUCUAUCACUCAUAAAAUAUAAAUACAACAGUGAAUCGAACAAAAUAAUCAGUAAAAGUAGUUUCCCUUUAUUUUAAUCUUUAGUGAUAAAUAUGGGUUGUAGUCCAGUUAAAUAACCAAAUAAAAAUCAAGGUUUUAUGCUCUGAUUUUGUGGCCAUUGUUUUUCCACCAUACGGCAACAUUUUGUGCAUGAAAGGCGUUCUGUAGAGGGGUAUGUUCCCAUAGAAAUGAAUUCCCACAAACAUCGAUGUUGUGUUUCUAUAGCUUUUGACAAUCACUUGGACUCCAGACCGAACGAAAACCAACUAUGAAAUGUCGAAAAAAACAUAUAAGAACUUCCGGAAGUUACCGAACCCAUACGUUAAGAGUAUCUAAAACAUAAGCCAGGUGACAGAUUUACAGCUUGAUUUCUACUGCGUUCGUGUAAUUAUACUGUUUUUCGAUAAAGAACGCAAGUUAGCAAUCAUGGGCGAGCCUGCAUGAUAGCUUUUGUCGCGCUAACUGCAUUUACCUUGAUCGCCCUAACAAUAUAAGCAUUUGAUCACUUUAAGGAGCGCAUACUUUAAUAAUGCUUAAACGCAGUCAAACGUCCAGGACGUACGUUUUCUAGCCAAAAGAAAAAUUCUAGCCAUUACAUUACGUUUUAUGACGUGUGGUUUUAGAUUCGUUUCUUCGUUUAGUAUUUAAUGCAGUGCUUUCGCAAUUGCUCCAAAUGUUGUUUAUGAAUGUUCCCUAACAAAACAGAGUAUAAAAGACACAAAAUACGUUUUCAGACACGUUUAAUUGCAAGUACUUCUGGCGGUCAGACCCAGCAGACUUUGGUUACCCUUUUGUAAGUGGGUGAAGGUUAUUAUAGAAAUUGACUCUGCAGCAAAAACUGAACAAAUUUUUGAAUUGAAUAUUUACGUUUCUGUGGGUACAAACUGCAGACAAAAACCGUUAAGGAGUGUUCGGUGGUAAUACGAAAAUGUAUAAAGUAGGAGUUACCAAAGCUGUCGGCGAGACCGGUCUAACUAGCUUCAACUUGUCCAUAUCCUCUCGCCAGUCCCAUAUCAGCGGCUUGGAAAUGAAGUCUGCCGACUACAUUCGUAUUUAGUUUGUCCACACUCAUUUGACUGAGUAUUAGAGAAUGUAUAAUUGGUGGAACCUAUUGGUUAUCAAACUGACCUGACUGUAAUGGGCGUUUUCCGUUUGAUUCCACCAAAUGACCUCUCGUAAGGGAUCUUUCUGGAGGUGUAGAAGUACGACAGACCUCCAGAGUUCGUUUUGGCAGAAUUCGAGUCCAAAGUUCAUUGAUAGAGUGCAAAACCUGGCCGAGAUUCAACCUCAUUAAUUCCGAUUUGAAGAUAAUUUCAGGUUUUUAUGUGCAUAUUCUUCCCGACUAACGGUUUAUAAAAGUUGUGUCGGUUAGAAAUUCUGGUCCUUACAAUGCCAGUCUAGGAAAACCACUCUUAAGCCUAACAUACAGUGCGUAAUCGAUUUCAUGAAACGUUGACCGAAAUUCUGAAAUGCGUUUUCGACAAGCAUGGUGAAGUUGUAAUAUUAAUUAUCACGCAGCAUAAUCCCAUGGUAUUUUAAACUGGCCAGGAUGUCGAUUUGUGGAUGCAAUUCCUUUUGACCUCCUGCAGAAACCGUACGCGGCAAAAAAUGACUACUCUAUAAGCAUUCACUUUUCUCAUUGAUCUUGGAUGGUCAUAUGUAAUCAAAUACAUUUUGCAGAAAACAUGCACGAAAAUGCGGUUUCUUUUGCCUAUCUGGUAGAAAAUCACACUUGCUUCACAUUUCAUACCCAAAAAAAUGAAUAUUUAGGUUUUAAAAGAGUUUCCUCAGUUCCCGAUUAAUUUUAGGCCUGAUCAGCCGUUGCCUUUGCGUUUGGCGAUUUUAGUCUACAAGCUGCAUACGUUCUGCGUAAGAAAAAUAAUAUCUUCCCCUAUGCCUUUCAGAAGAUACUAUAUAGAGUACAUGAAAUUUCGCAAUGGAUACGAGAAACGUUGGUAAACGGACACGUGUGAUGCUGUAUUUAUGGACAUUGCGCGGUCUCAUAAGUAGAAACAUUUAAAACCAAAAGAUAACCUCCCUUAGGGUAUAAAACAUAAAACAAUGUGGUUUUCUACGAAACAAGUAAAAGAAACCGCAUUUUCGUGCAUGUUUUCUAUAAACUUUAGUUGAAUACAAAUGACCAUCGAAAAUCGGUGCGAAACAUGAUUGCCAAUUAAGUAGUCAUAGUUACCAAGUACGGUUUCUAGCUGGAGGUCAAAAAGAAGUGCAUUUAUAGGCCGAGCUCCUGGCCAGUUCGAAAUACUACAGGAUUAUGCUACAUAAUAAGUAAUAUUGCACUGCUACCUCAUUAAUUCUUCCCUUUCAAAAACGUACUUCAGAAUUUCGGCCAACAUUUCAUGAGAUCGGUCAUGCACUGUAAUAGGGCCUGUACCUAUCGGGUUACCCAUCUCAUGUCGAGAGGGAGAGACUUACAGACUCGUCAGUCCUGUAUCAGCGCCUUGUAAAUGAGGUCUGCCGACUAAGUUCGCAUUCAGUUUGUCCACACUCCUUUGACUGAGUACUCGAGAAUGUAUAAUUGUGAGGACCUAUUGAUUAGCAACUUGACCUGACUGGAAUAUGCGUUUGCCGUUUUCUUCCACCAAAUGACCUCUCAUAAAAGAUCUUUCUGGGAGCGCAGAAGCACGACAGACGUCUGUUUUGGCAGAAUUCACGUCUAGAGCCCCUCGACAGAGUGUACAACCUGGCCGACGAUCCAACGUCUUUCAUGCCUUGUUCUUCCUGAUUAGCGUUUUAUAGAGGCCGCGUUAGCCAGAAACUUCGGUCAUUAUCAUGCCAGGCUAGAAAAACUACUCUUCGGCCUAACAUAAUUAGGUCUGACUACCUAUCUCAUAUUGAGAGAGUGGGAGAGAGUUACAGAGAGUUCUAUAUUUUUCCCUUCAAGGUGGUGGCACACUAUGAGCGCGCAGUUGUCUUUCGACUCGGCCGCCUCUUCUCCUCAAAUGCCCAAGGGCCGGGACUGAUAUUUCUACUGCCCUGCCUAGACAACUGUCGAGUCGUGGACCUCCGCACCUUCACCUUCAACGUGCCCACGCAGGAGGUCCUCACAAAGGACUCCCUCACCGUGGCUGUCAACGCUGUCGUCUACUAUCGUAUCCGCAAUCCGGUCUGCGCUGUGGUGAAUGUAGAGGACGCAAAUCGGUCUACACGUCUGCUGGGUCAGACUACUCUGAGAAAUGUUUUAGGAACAGUGAAUUUGGAUGAGCUACUGACGGCACGGGAGGAUAUUGCCAUUUUAAUGCAGGUAAGCCAUUCGGUCGAAGGUGAUUGGGGGUUUCAAAGAAAACCUGAGAAUUCUGUUUAGGUGGUAAGAUGAUGCUCCCCACUGAAUUUCACGGGGAUACACUGCUCUCCUGAAAAUUGUGUAGGCUAAAGAGAUCUUGGACAAAAUUUAAAAUUGUGUAGCAAUUCUCGUAGUCAAAAUAAAGAGAUCUUAAAGGCGUAGCUGUAGAUAUUUGGAAGAGCAGGGGGUCUUUCCUGUUCAGUUUAUAAAUUUAAUUUCGAUUCACGGAUAGACACAAGAAUAAGUAGCGCUCCCGUCCUGCCGAUGGUCUUGCCACGAACUUCUACCUAUGUAUAUGUCCUACAUUUAAUCCUACUCAUAACCCAUAAUCUCAACUUAACUCAAACCCUUAUUCCCUCUGGAAUAUAGCGCAAGGCCACAUACAACACAAAUGGCGCAUAUGCUCAUAUUCUGCGCCAUUCAAUUUUUACAGAAUACUACCUGUCGCUAAUGCUAAUUAAUCAGCAUGUUGAAUAGCCUGAAAUAAUUACAUGGAAGUAUUUUUCUGUAUUGCAUAGUUAAUGCAAUGGAAUCUCUAAACUUUUACUGAAAUGAAUUUAGCGCCCACUACUUUUGUUCAACUGCAAUCUCAAACGAUCUUAAAUCUAAAGAGGUAUUUGUGUCGUAGGGACUGAAAACCCUAUGGUGGCUCGUCCUUACGUUUGUUUAAGAUAAAACGGACUUGCGUUGUAUCCGUCUUGCUUCGAAGACAACCGGAAGUACGCUGCUAGCUGUGCGCAGUACUUAAUUCGCUUAUAUCAGAUUGCAUUUCUUUCGGAUUAUGGACCAUGUUGUGGACUGGGGCUGUGGUGGUACGCCAAGGGGGGGGGGGGGUUCGGCCGUAUCAACCACCUGUGGCCUCUCUCGCCUCCAAUCUCCUAGACUAUGACCUGACAACAGAGCCAAGUGAGGGAGGAGAGGGUGCGGUAGACGCUGCGCAAGCCCACUUUUGCUGUAAACUAAUGCGUAAGUCACCGCGUCUGCUUCAUCUUGCUAUUCAGCAGACAGUGGACAUCGUCGGCAACAACGGACGAACUGUCAUGUGUCCGGAGUACCACUGUCUAACAAUAUUUGUCAUAUAGUAUAUACGCAAACUUCCGAAGGGCACAUUUUCCAAUCCUAAAGAAACUAUCAAGAGGUUUGGCUUUUGUUGUUGAUGGUAAAUAUAAGCCUUGCAUUAUUCACCACAGUUCAGCAUAUGCUCUCUUAUGGGAAACAAACUGAAGGUAAAUCACGCUUCUUAUUGUAGUAAAACGCCUGCUUCCGUAAUGGCACUUAAGUAUCUUUUACGGUCCUAAUUAAGCAGAAAGUCCGGUCCGGCAAAAACUGGACUGGCUCUGCUAGCCAGAUUACUGGAAAAAGUCGGACAGAAAAAAGGAGGCAUAAGUAACUGAAGCUUGUGCAGCUUAUUACCUCUUAGAACUAUAGUGAGAUCUCAUGAAAUUCGGGCUGAAACCAUGAAAUGCGUUUUCGAUUAAGAAAGACUAAUUAGGCGCAGUUGUAAUACGUAUUACCUUGCGUCAUAGUCCCAUAACAUUUCGGACUUAGCAGGAUGUCAGCUUUUGAAUACACUGCUGUUCAAUCUCCUGUAGAGAGCGCACUCGGUACAAAAUGACUACUCAUGUAGCAUGCAUUUCUCCACUGAUAUUCGAUGGUCUUGAAAAUUCAAUUAUAUCUUAUAGAAACUAUAAACGAAAAUGAUUUUUUUCAAUCGUUUGAUAGAGAAUUACGUCAUAGUAAUAUUUUAUGCUCGAAGAUUGAAUAUAAUUAAGUUUUGAAAAAGUUUUCUGAAUGCCGAAUAAUUUGGAGCCUGUUUAUUCGGUGCAUUAGCGCUUAGUGAUUUCAGUCUAUAAGGUGCAAGCGUUCCGCGUAAGCAAAAUCUCAUAUUCUUCUAUGCCCCUAAAAAGACAUUAUACAGAGUCCGUAAAAUUUUGCAUUGGAUGCGGACCAUGUUGUUCAUUUCAUCAGGAGCAAUGGUAAGCGGUCAGGUACGAUGAUGUGUGAAUGAAGAUUGCGCGGUCACAAAAAAUCUCAUAAUUAGAAACUUUUUCAAAACCUAAUUGUACUCCUUUUUCUAGUAUAAAUUAUUAAUAUGACGUAAUUCUGUAUCAAGCGAUUGAAAAACAUUUUCCUUUAUAGUUUCUAUAAGAUGUAAUUGAAUUUGCAAGACCAUCGAAAAUCUGUGGGAAAUGAACGCUAAAUACAGCGCGUGACCGAUCUCAUGAAAUAUUGAUCGAGAUUCUGGAAUGCGUUUUCGAUUAAGAAAGCUUACUUAAGUAGGCCUAUUAUACCGCUUAUCAUGCAGCAUAACCUUUAAUCUUUUCGGACUCGCAGGGAUUUCGGCUUUUGAAUGCACUUCUUCUUUGUCUCCUGCGGCAAAAGUGACUACUUAAGUGGCAUGCCUUUUUCCUAUUGCUUUUCAAUGCUCAUGUAAAUUCAAAUAUAUUUUAAAGAAACUAUGCACAAAUGUAUGCUUUUUUCUACUUAUUUGGUGGAAAAUCGUUUUAUAUUCAUAUUUUAUACCCGAAGAAAGUGUGUAUUUAGGCUUAAACACGUUUCUUAUCAUGAGGUUUUUAAGACCCUGUCAAUGUCCAUGCAUGCAAGCCCUCACAUGUCCGUUUACUAAUGCUCUGCACGGAAUGUACAACACAGUCCGAACCCAUUGCAAAAGUUAAUGAACUUGAUAUGGCAGAGAUCGCUAAACGCUAAUGCAAUGGCAGAUCAUGCUCAAAAUUAUUCUGGAAUUCGGAAACUUUCUCAAAGCCUAAAUAUACACUUUCUUUGGGUACAAAAUAUGAAUAUAAUGCGAUUUUCUACCAAAUGAAUAGAAGAAACCAUACUUUUGUGCAUGUUUUCUGUAAAAUAUAUUUGAAUGUAUGAGACCAUCGAAAAUCAAUAGGAAAAUGGCAUGCUAAAUAAGUAGUCACUUUUUGCCGAUUGGGGUUUCCGGAGGAGACCAAGAAGAAAUGCAUUCAAAAGCCGACAUUCUGGCAAGUCCGAAAUACUAUAGGACUAUGCUGCAUGAUGAUGAAGAUUACAACCCAGCCUAAGUGGCCCUUCCUAAUCGAAAACGCAUUUCAGAAUCUCGACCAACAUUUCAUGAGGUCGGUCACGCACUGUAAGUAGUCAUUUUUUGAUGAAUGCGGUUUCUACAUGAGAUUGAACAGCAGUGUAUUCAAAAGCUCACAUUCUGCCAAGUCCGAAGUAUUACUGGAGUAUGCUGCAAGAUAAUCCGUCUUACAAACGUGCGUAAGUGAUCCUUCAUAAUCGAAAACGCAUUUAAGAAUUUUAGCCAACAUUUUAUGAGAUUAGUCGCUCACUGUAAGUUUUCAAUGCCCUGCUUAUAAGAGGGAGCUCAUCUUGAUGCAAAAAAAAUUUUGAGAAUCUGACUAAUCCAAAUAAAGCCUCAAAUGAUGUAGCAGAACAACACCUAUUAAUUAUUACUGCAUAGGUAACGGUAAUGGCUUGGCUCGAACAUUCUAAUGGUUGAAAGAAAAGUCUGUAGUUACGGUUUGAGCUUGUUAUGGUAGCCUAAAGUGAAUCACGUUCAUCAUACACUAGGAAAACACUCAGCAACCAUUUCAUUGAUGUGGGCUUGAUUUCAGUGUAGAAAAUGGUGUCUGGUCUGGGAACGCCUCCAAUGUUUGAACUUAUUGCCAACAUAAAAACACACUUUUCAUCUCCAAUGGCAAGUCGAUGGGGAACCGGUUCCCUCUUCUGCCCGCCUACAGAAGCCCUGCAGAUUUUGGAACGUUAGGUUUCGUCAUCAUCGUCAAUUGGCGUGGGAUCCCGCCUCCUUGUCCACAGGCCAUUACUGACUGUUGAGACUGCUACCGAACAAUAGGUUACGAUUAGGUUACGUAUGCUGAGAAUUCGUUUUUGCUCUGAUGAGGACCCACCUCAGCGUUUAGGCGCAAACUUCUACUAUGCAGCUACAUUGGUGUUCUCCGGCAAUGGGCAUUAGAAAGGAAGAAUUCACCAUAUCGAAAUUUCGCAAACCAAAAGCGACACUUAGCAACACCCAGCAUAACUGUUGCUGGGAUGCUGCUCUUGCGAAAUUCGUGCAGUGUACAAUGUCGAACAAGACUUCUUGCGGAUAAAUGCCUGGCAAUUUGUUUGGCUCGGUCUAGAAAGCAACACUUAUUUCAAGGUCUAAACAACAAGACCUAACUCAUAUGUAAAGACGCCUAUUUCGAACGGGCAAGACUCCAAAACCUAAUCAAAAGCACUCAAAUUGAGACCAUAAAAACGACACUACCUUUUCUAUACGCGUAAUACUUCUAGUUAAUUUUGCAAAAAAUAACUUACGUGCUUUUCUUGUCUCUCACUGAUUGGAGAUCACAGUAACUCAGGGGCACAUUAGACUUUCUCUCACAUUGCACUGUCAUCACUUUCUCAGGUUAAAUAUUUAGGAGAUUAAAUUUCGCUGUGGUGGAGGUGAAGGCUUGAUAUUCGCAUAUUUAAUAACUUGCAGAAAACUGCUGUGAUUGGUCUUCUGAUGUGAACGAAGUGCCCUAGAACCGUCGUUCACUGACGAGGCACGAUCAAUUUUGGAUAAAACAUGAUGGAGUUAGCUCAUUUGUCGGCAAUAAAAUCUCGCCGGAAUUUCAUGGUUUAAGGUGAUCUUUAUUUAUGUUUUUUGCAUAAAGCCGUGGUCUAAUCCGAUAGCCCACAGCUGAUAAAUAUAGAUUAUUUUGAAGGAGAUUUUAUUCUAAAGGUUCUUUUUGACUGACACUUUUCCGAUUACUUUUGUCGAUAUGAUAAGGGGUUUCGACUGCACACAAGAAUUUAGAUCCCUCUACUACAAAUGGCCCUGUCCUAAAUUCGAUGGCGUUAGGACUAGUGUCAUGGUAACGCGAGCUAGAACUAGGGUUAGGAGGGUUUGGGCCAGGGUUAGGGUAAGGUUCAGGGCUCAUGGUGUCGGGGUAAGUGUUAUGGUCAAUGUUGUAAGGGUUAGUAUUAAGGUGUGGGUUAUGACGGCUGGUAUUAACGCUAGAAUUGGAGUCAAGCCCAAGGUUGGAAUACAGGGAUGAAUAACGCUCCGGAAUUUAGCGUGUGGCCACCUGUAGUACUGGGUGUAUUUAUAUUGCGUCAGGGGUCCUAAAGCAUGUGCUAUGCCAGUACAGCAAACCAGGGCCCUCACAGCCAGGUGUGCGCUGGCAAUUCCCGGGCACCUAGUUCCCUGCCGGUAGAUGCGCUUGCGCUCCCACCGAGGAUAAAAGUGAUGGGCAUGGCUGUCCAGUCACCCUCGUUGCCCUGGCCCUCCGGUUGGGGUGUCGUUGUUGGUGAAAAAUGUUGGUCAACUGUAUGUUGUGGACCAGGGAGUUUGGUGGCACGCCUAGCUGCGGGUCCCACCGUGCCAACCACCUGAACCCUCCCCUGCCUUCGGUCUUCAGAACUCUGUCUUGACAUCGAGACCAGGUGGGUGGUGUGGCAGAGAGAGUGCGGUAGACGCUGUGAAAGUCCACUAUCACUAAAAACUAACUCACGCCCCAGUCACCGUGCCUGCUGCACGUUGGUGUAGAGUACACGGUUGACAUCGUCGGAAUCGACGGUCGAACUGUGGGGUGGUUACUACGGUAGUUGACAAUUUGAGCUGUGUUGUGGCCGUUUGUACGCACGCAGGCAAUGAACCGGUUGCGUGAAUUCCCACCUGAACCGUUGUUGGAAAAAAAACCGAAUCAGACACGGGAAACGAAUGGAAGGCAAUAUGCAAGACCCUGGUUCUUGUUGGAAAGAAGAUGAACGCGCGAUCACUGCGACAAUACAUGUAUUAGGCAAAGAUUUCGGCUGAGAAUGCAAAGUCAACUGAGCAGUUUUUUGUCAAAAAAGAAGGGAGAGGGCAGGAAGGGCGAGGGUGGUGUUCGCAAUAAGGCUGAGUCUAUACCGUCUCACGGCGUCUUGACGCGUGCACCCUUAGCUGGGAAUUGAGUCGCGUGUCUUCGGAGAACGGAGCGCGUGAUAGCAGGGGGGCGGGGGGAGGGGAAGGUAUGUCAACGUGUCUGUUUGUGGAGUUGGUGUCAGACAUCCAGGCCUCCGGCAGUUCCGCCCUGUCUUAUUGCUGGCUCGUCCCAUUGAAUUCGUGCCCCCCCGCCUUCAGGGUGCGAGUUGCGCCUCUCUUGACUGCUAAGUUUUGCUCCAUUAAUCGCGAGCUAAGGCGUUUUUCCGACUGUCCUGUAUAGUGGCGAGGACAUUCACGGCAUGGGGGCUGAUAAAGGACACCAGAUUUUUCUCGUACUUCUAGUCGGUCCUUCAUUUGCAUGAUUUUGGUGUGCAUAAUAGCUGUCGCACGAUGAGCGACACCCGCGCCGAGCUCUCCAGCUUUACGAUCCGUUGCUUUCGACACGUUAUUUAUACACGGUAGAGGUUGCCAGAGUGUUGGUAGCUCUCAUCUGUUCGCUCCCCGUGGGCGCGCACGAAGGCAGCGGCUGACUAAGCUGUUUGGGUAUCAAUUCCUUGCCAGUUGGUCCCAAUUUAUUGCAAUGCGUUUUGCAACCUUGGGCAGAGUGCUUUAACACAGCCGCGUUUAUGUGCCAUCGGGCGGUUGCUACAGUAGUUAAUAACCCAAGUCCUGUCGGUCGCCUUUCAAUAUACAGCGCUGCUCUCUUGCAUCUCGUGUGAUGAGGACGUCAUGGAAGGGCGGCUGUUAGGCAUUCUCUUCUUCCCUUGUCUGGAAGAUGCUGUUAAGCAGGUCUUUAAGGUCUACUGUGUUCUUGCGGCGAAGAGAAGCAACCCAAUUCCCAGACAAAGUUCCACACCGUGGCGACGCCGUGAGAAGGCAUGGACCAAGCCUUUUCGCGAAGAACACUCCCUCUACUCCUAUCCUCCCCUUAUUUGUUUUCCUAUUGAACUACUUAUUUUACGUCACGUUCUCACAGUCCUUGACGCUGGGCUCCUAUGCGAGACCGAAAACUCAGACUGGUACAAGUACUGCCCCAAUGAUCGCGAUUUUAUCUUUUAACCAAUAAGAUUGCUAGCCUUGCAUAUUCGUUUCUAUUCGUUUCCCGUGUCUGAUCCGGUGUUAUUAAAACAACAAUUCAGGUGCAGAUUUUCGCAACCAGUUCAUUGUCUCCGUGUACAUAAACGGUCACAAUGAUCAGAAUUCCUAUCUUCAUUGUAAUUUCUACAGAACAUUCGUAUUUCAGGAAGCAUGCAACAUAAACAUUUAAAGUGAUGCAACAUGCACAUGGUAUCUAAGUGAUAAAUUAGAACUUAAUUAGACUGGACAUAAAACGCGUGUAUUUUUGCGGCAUUUAGGCUUGACGUUACCAUAGCCGGCAGGCCCAUAACCCUUAAAUUAUUUCAACUUGAAACCUACGCAUUUCAAAAAUGAAAUGCAAACGUCCAGGCAUGUCUGUUCACCCACAAUAUACCCGAAGCAAGCAAAAUGCAUGAAAUUAACAUUCAAGGGACGAGUUGAAUCUAAAACUAAAGAAAUACUGCCCAAUCCAACCAGUCUGGACAAAAUAUUUUUCGAGUUUGGCGUACCUCCUUUGUAACAAGUCAUUUUAUGCUCGUUUCGAAAGUUACUAUGGAUUUUUAAGCUGUCAUCAUCCAGCUCCUAUGGAAUAACCCCUCAAUAACCAUAGGCUGCCAAUAUGCAGUCAGUAGCAUGCAACUACUCAAUAAUUUUCCAUUCCGACGAUUUAAAUACCAUCUAAAAACCAUGGACGCGCGUCUCGCUGAUAUCCUGCCGUUGCAUUACACAGCUGCGGGGAUUCGGCUCAUUAACGGGCCCCCCCUCGUUCGCGUGUACCCUUUGGUAUAUGAGCUUGAGCUUUCAUGCCGUUCUUUUAAAUUUUCUCAAAAGAGCAGGGUAAGAAUUUGAAGUAAUACAUUCGGCGCAAGCCAGAAAUUCCCUGCUCCAUGGGAUUUACUUGGGAAGGUUUAAAGAGCUUAACGGGACCUAUUGGGUUGAAAACGGACUGCUGGUUGUAGAGCAAGCUAUCUUUUGGUUUUCGAGGCCUCUGUUGAUUUAUUUCAGUGUCAUUUAGCGGAUGCACCCAAAAUUAAUUGCUUGGACACUUCAGUGAAUUAUGUCAUUUCCACUUCCUGUAAGGGUGUUUCCCAUUGAAAAGAAGCCUGCGAUCACAAGACUCCUACCACGAAACCAGCAAAGGUGAAUUUGGCAGUUGCCUAUAACACACACGAAAGAUCUAUAUUUUAUGUAAAGCCUCAUAGGAAAAAAGCUGUAUUUUUAGGAGUAGUAUGUGCGUGUUUGGUCGAAUACUAUAAAGACGUCAUGAUCAAAGUGUAGACGACAGAAAUGGAAUAAAAUAUGACAACACCGCACAAAUGCAUCCCUGUUAAGGAGCAAAUGUAUGCAGUAAUGGAAUAUCCCUUUGCAAUAGCAAACAAAACUGCGGUUCUUUACGCUAGCAAACCUUCUUUAAAUGAUGAGUGCAAACAAUUGUUCGUUUUCCAUCCUGCAUUCGAGGAAUAGAUGUUAUGCACACGGCUUCUAAUAAAUGGCGGUCGUAUCUUAUUUCGUAGCCGUACAUGCAGUCGAAAAGCCUCAGCCUAAAACUUAAACCUAACCCCUAACUCCCUAACCCAAACCCUUAACCCCAACCCCAAACUUCAACCACUAAUCUCUAACCCCAACCCAUAACCCUAAUUCCUUACCUUUUAACCCUAACUCCUAACCCCAACCCCUAGUGUUAGGAAUGGGAUUAGGGUGAGUGUCAUGAAUAGGGUUAAAAGUAGGGUACAGUAAUACAAAAACCCCUGCAACUUAGCUCGAGGUGCUGGAAGAUCCAAGUUUCCGUGUUUGACUCAGUUUACGACUGCACGCACCCCUUUACCCGUCGCUGACAACAUCUGUGUUGUCUGGACUUUGAUCACUCACUUCCAGUUCAGUUUUCUGACCCUGAAGGCUCCGUUCAGCGGCAGUACUCUAAGAUAAAUAGUGAAAAUCGCAUCGCGUAGGUUCUGAUCCAGAACACGCAUCUCCAGUUUAUACGCUUACUUCCUCUUUCGUGCCUUCCAGCCGCUUUUCAGUGUACUCGCAACUCUCCUUCACAUCCGCACAUAAUAUAUGUUCUAGAGCUAAUCACGUGUUAUUUUAGGGAAAAGUCGAUAAUCUGGUCGGAUCUAAUUUUUUAGCUGCACCUGCAGUUGACAUGUCUCAGCGACUGUCAUACAGGACCGGUGGUACUUGGGGGUUAACACUAACCCCUAACCCUAACCUCAAACACUAACCCUAACUUCUACCGCUAGCCCUUAACUCUAACUCCCAACUCUAACCCCUGACCCUAAGCCCUAACGAAAUAAGAUCUUACCGACAAUCUUCUUUCUGUUGGGGCCGUCUUGCAGACUCUUUCCGGUUGUAAAUCAUGCUCAAGUCGCUAAAUAACAUUUAAAAUUACCUUACAUUAAUACCGGAAUGGCACCGCUUGCAAACUAUUUUUGACCAGAAACGUCUGAUAUAAAGAGUUAUUUUGUAUAUAAGUUAACUUACAGUUUUUGAAAAAAAUAAUCGGCAGGAAUUAUGCUGGUUGGAAAUGAUAAGACUUCAUUGCAGCUGUAAAUGGUGCAUUCAACCGAACCAUUAUAACCGUUUACUUCCUCAAAGGAAUCCGAACGCGUACCGACUAAAGGCUUCGAGGGGAACUUAAUGCACUUCACUGAGUGGUAUAACAUUCAUGCGGGAUUCCUAAACGGUAUGGGCUCACCCCUUUUGCAGCUACCAUUAUGCGAAUUUCGCUUUGCUCGCAUGUAAUUAGUGCUGACUGCAGUGUGAUGGGCUACCUUGCGCAACGAAUUAAACGGAAAGCUUUCGCGACACGAGCUGCGUCAACCUGCAUUCAGUUAAAAACAAUUUAAUGUCGGAAAAUUGAACUGCAAAUAUCUCGACAGAGCACCUGAGAUACUGGGACGGCGUUUGGUGUUUGCGACUACUAUAGAACUUUUUGAUGAACAGUGGAAUAGAGGCGGUGUGUUCAUCUUAAAACGAUUCACUUACAGUGGUGUGAGAGAACUGUCGUGUAUAAAAACAAAACAAAUGACUGCCCAAAUUCGUAUCAGUAAGAGUCCGCAAAUCACAACUUUCUCAAAAGUAGACAAUACAUGUAGCAUAAUACUUGAUUUGGUUUUUUGACUCCAAAAAGUAUGUAACCGAGUCCUUAUGAAAAACAUUUUUUUCGCGCAUUAGAUUAGGUUGAAAUUUAAAAAAGAAUGUAUGGUGAUCUUAAAGGAGCUGACAUUUGUAUUUAAUCAGUCAGUCUAUGACUAACCUUGUAGCUCCAACAUGGUUGCCAAAAUACUCUGGGUGUAUUAACCUCAACUUAUAAUUUUUUGAUACCCAGGUUAAGUAUUUACACUGGCAGGUAUAUUCAAUAUGUAAACCAACGUUUUUUAUAGAACAAAUUCAAUAAUAUACUUUCUUGCAUCUAUUUGCAGCAUCUCACGUUUGCUUCAAAUUUUCCCGAACUACAGGGUAUUUUUCGGUAUUAGGUUUAUUAUAUGCCUUUAAUAACAGUUAACUGUCCUGUGAAAUAGCAUUCUGUCAAACCUUUAUUACUGUUUUUCAAUGUUUGGAAAAUUGUCUGCAUGAACUGCAAAAUCGUAGAAGCCCAUGUGUUAUCUCCUAGCUAACACAGAGGCAUAUAUGGUUUCUCUAAAAUAGAAGGUAUACGGUUUGCAGACCGUAAAUCAUAAACGCAAGUGUGAAGGCAGUUCGAGGUAAAAAUUAGUCGGCGAUAGGAGAAUCUGCGCAAUAUAAUCGGAUUGUUCUAAACUUUACACCUCGCAUCUAUUGCAUUGUAUACCAGCAAGCGCUAUAGUAGUCGUAAAUACCAAACAUCGCCGAGAUUACUGAGACGUUCCUUCUAGGAUAUUUUCAAAUUACUUUUCCGACUCAACGUUUUUGACCUGACUGUUAGCACAGAUGAGGAUGCGCAAAAAGGAUUACAACACUGCAAUUAGCCCUUAUUGCACUCGAAGAAACCGUUGAAUAUCUAGUAAGGGAAAAACAUACUUUGUAUUUAGUCCUUUUUGUCGAGUGCGGUUUUUGCAGGUGCUCGAAAAGAAGUGUUUUAAAAGGUAGGCAUCCUAUCCUACGAUCGCGCUGCGCGAUAACCAAUGUUGCAAGCCUGCUUAAGUAGUACUUCCUAAUUGAACAUUUAUUGGAGAAUCCCAGUUAACAUUGGCCACUAAAGUUUAUCAUGAAACAUCCCCAGUUGACGGUCGGAAAGCUGUCAUUCCGGUUGUAAUUCUUAUUCUACUCUAGUGUCUGCAUACUACUGGUUGUCUGUUUCCAGUCAACGGUCGCGGACUGUUCCUACCGAACUCCAGAGUAGAUCAGAUAUUUUUUAUUCCAUCCAUCAAUCAAGACAUUUUGCUGACCUCUGCUGAGAUGUGAAUAAAAUUUUCACAGUUGAAUGCGACGAGUGAGACUGAUUACACAAUUCUUUCGACCGUAAUUAAACCAUGAACAGCGUACUUACAGUAGGUGGGCCAACCCUUGAAAUGUCAACCGAAAUUCUGGAAUGCAUUUCGUUUCGAAAAGAUUAAUUAAGCAGGAUUGUAAAACUAAUCAGCCUGCAACAUAAAUCUAUGAUAUUUCGGUUUCUUCCGGCUGUCGGUUUUCGAAUGAACUUCCUCCCGGCCGCAUGCAAAAACUACUCUAUAACAAAUGACUACUUAUGCAGCAUUAAUUUUUCUCAUUGAUUUUCGAUGCUUCUAAGUUUUCAAUUAUAUUGCAUGAAAAACAUGCAUAAAAAUAUCAAUUAUUUUGCCCAUUUGGUAGAACAUUACGUCUUCUUUCAAUCUUUUACGCGAAAGAAGGGAAUAAUUCGGUUUUCAAAAACGUUUUCAUCUCCCGAAUAAUUUUGAACACGCUCUACCUUUACACGUGGAUUCAGGGUUUCCAAACUACAAACUGUAUAUUUUCCGCCUACGAAAAUCACACAUUUUUCUAAGGUAAUAAAGGGGUGACCAUAUAGGAUGCAUAACAUUUAGCAGCGGAUUUGAUCCAUAUUGUUAACUUUACGAGCCACAUUAUUAAAUGCAGAGACAUGACGAUUUAUGAAGGGCCACUUCACGGUAUUUAAAAGUCCCACAACUAGAAACUUUCUUAAAACUAAAUUAUGUGCCUCCUUCGAUCACCAAAUUUGAAGAUGCAUUUUUUUACCGAACGAACAAAAGAAUAAAUAUAUUCAUGCAUGUUUUUCAUUAAUUAUAAUUGAACUUUUAGGCGCAUCGAACAUCAAUGGGAAAAAUGCAUGCUACACAGAGAGUUAUUUUUUAUAGGGUGCAGUUUUUGCAUGCAGCCGGAAGGAAGUUCAUUCUAAAGCUAGCAUUCUGAGGUAACUGAAGUAUAAUAGAAUUAGGUUUUAGACAGAUUAGUUUUACAAUCCCACUUAAUUAAUCUUUUCGAAACGAAAACGCGCUUCAGAAUUUCGGUUGACAUUGCAUGAGUUAGCACGUCUACUGUAGGGCUAACUGCCUUUUCUCGAAAUACUUAAGAUCUCAACAGGACGUUCUGCAGCCAAAUACGACCUUCGAUUCCCCCUGUUAUACCGCGAAUAAAUGCUUCGGAUGCAGCUCAACGUUAUAAAAUUGAUCUUCUCUCAUUUCCAGGAAUGUUUGGACUCCGUGACGGAGGCCUGGGGAGUGAAGGUGGAACGAGUGGAAAUCAAAGACGUCCGGCUACCAAUCCAACUGCAACGAGCCAUGGCUGCCGAGGCCGAGGCAGCCAGAGAGGCCACUGCCAAGGUCAUAGCCGCAGAAGGUGAAAUGCGCGCUUCAAGUGCCCUAAAAUUUGCAGCUCUGGAGAUCAGUCAACAUCCCAUAGCUGUGCAGCUGCGCUACCUGCAAACCCUCAACACCAUCAGCUCCGGCAAAGAGUCCACCAUCGUCUUCCCCGUGCCUAUCGAGAUGCUGAAAUUCUUCAAAGAGGAUCUCACUGGACUGAACUUUCAUUUGAACCCUACCGAAAGCGAGCAGGAGCAGGAGGAGGGAGGGAGGGAGAGUCGGCGAAGGUCGACUACUUCUACGUCAGCACAUGCCGACUGGGAAUUUGGCCUCAACAACUCAUCUAGCUUAUCAGCUGAACGUGUUUAAGGUUUUUUAUGGUGUGUGUGUGCCUACGUAUCUGCGCGCAGAUCUGAAUAGGCUCCCAUCCCCCGGAACUAUCUUCUGUAGUGCAGUGCAUAGAAGACCUAAGAUAUCCCACUAUUUGCCUUAAAAAGAACUCUGUACAUUUUCCCGACCAGCUGCCACACAGUGGCAUUUUUUGCUUGUAGUUGGGCAAAAAGUUGGGGGCGGGGGAGGUGGAAUGCGUUCGCAUGUGGCAUCGCGUGGAAAUACAGGCAGGCUAAAAAAGGAGGCAGAAGUUGGGAAGGGAACGGGAGCACUGUUCAAGCAAACUGUUAGAAAAUUUGUAUUGACUUCUACUUAACAUUUGAUUAUCAUUUGCUGCUAUUUCGCUAGGAAUGCAAUAAAGUACAAAGUGAAGGUUGAGGCGUAAAGCAACGAUUGAGCGACUCAUCGAUAACGGUUAAUUAAUGGGGGUAGGUGCAAUGAUUCGUGAAAUGGCCUGGAUUCGAAAGUUGAGAACAGAACAUUAAUUCCUGAUGAAUGAAAAUAAGAAAGGUAGUUCAGACGUCAGUCAGGAUUUCAAACCAAUUGGGCACAAGGAGAAUGGUAGCUUUACGCGUAACAGUUUUGGACAGUUAACUUAUAUUGAGGAGUUAUCUGGGGCAGACUCUGCCCUUCCUACUGAAAUUGAUGGAGAACAUUUCCUCAUUGUUGUCUCCAACGAACUAAAACUCCUUCUUGUUUAUUUGGCGCCCAUGAAGUUAUGGACUGCUGCACGUUAUAGUCAACGUGCUCCGUUUUUCUGCUACUUCGACCUCCUCCACAAAGUGCCUUGCUUUCCUCGGCCCACGACUGUCCCCCGACCUCCUCAUCUACUUCUCAUUUUCUUCCCUACCCAUCCUUCUUCCCUUUCCUUUACCCCAAAUCUUCAGCUUUCUCCUCCUCCUCCUCCUCCUCCUCCUCCUCUCCGUCUCGUUUCUCAUUUUCGUCUCCAACCCCACCACCCUGCAUCGGCGGAAGCUGCCCUUCGGCGCUGCAUAA